AACAGCGUCUGUUCAUUCAAUGAUUCGAAGGCAGCUGAGUGUGACCGUGUGUGCGGGCUGUAGUUCCUAUAAACCAGUGUCUGUGUUCUGGGACCAGCACCGCUUUUUGCUGAGUGAUUGGUCGGUGCAGCGGGUCCCAGCGGGUUUGGGCGGUGCCGAACGUCCUGCGUGGAUGAGCUGCAGGAGAAGCAGCUGGAAGCUGUCGACUCGUCCAUCCCGUCUGAGCCGCACCACCGCCAGCGGCUAGCUACAUGUAGCUAGCUAGCUAGCUAGCCAGCCACUCCUCAGCCAGCAGGUCACGACGAGCUGGACCCACCGGUAAAUGCUCAGGUCAACAUGUGAAACGCUGCCUACUCUGUACGAACCAGCAGGCAAACAGACAAUCAGCAGUCAGUCAGUGGCGCAGCCGCCGUCAGCGCAGUGAGUUAUUUGUGUAGUCCAGGUGUGAAAGUGUGCUGACUGCAGCCCAGUGUUUAACUGUGAAGCCAUCUGUGUGUGGUCUCCUCUGGAGGAUGAUGUGGGGCGUCUGGCCGUUCCUGCCUGCGCUGGUGCUUCUCUCUGAGUUCUCUGUGGGCAAAGUCCAGACGGCGUCAUGCCAGACUUGCAGAAAGCUCACAGAGAGCUUCAUUAAGGGUUUAGAGAGAACAGCAAACAAGAACUUUGGGGGCGGUAACACGGCCUGGGAGGAGGAGAAGUUGGCCAAAUAUGCACGCAGUGAAACUCGUCUCUUAGAAAUAGUAGAAGCAGCUUGUGAGAAAACAGAUUUUGAAUGUAACCGCCUGCUGGAGCAGAUAGAGGACCAAGUUGAGACGUGGUGGUUCCACAGGCAGCAGGAGGCACCAGACCUCUAUGAGUGGCUGUGCAUACAGGAGCUGAGACUUUGUUGUCCACCUGGACACUUUGGACCUGACUGCAAAGAAUGUCCAUCAGGUGCUGGUGGUGUGUGUGGAGGUCUUGGGCGCUGUGAGGGGGAGGGGACUCGUCUGGGAGAUGGAGAGUGUGUGUGUGAUCCUGGAUACUCUGGUCACCUCUGCCAGACCUGUGCCGAUGGCUACUACAGAGAGAAAAGCUCCAAUGAAAGCACGGGAGCCUGUGCAGCUUGCUACCACUCGUGUAAGAAAUGUUCAGGGCCACAGGAUUACAAAUGCCUGGACUGCAAACCUGGCUGGAUCCUUCAUGACAACAAGUGUGUGGACAUUGACGAGUGUGGUACAGAGCUGGCUCGUUGUCCUUCUAACACGUACUGCCACAACACAGACGGAUCGUAUGAAUGCAGAGGCUGUGACCAGGCCUGUGUGGGAUGCAUGGGUAGUGGUCCUGCCCGCUGCAAGAAAUGUUCACGCGGCUAUAGACUGAAAGGGGCCAAGUGUCUUGAUAUCGAUGAAUGUAGUGAACGUGCAAUAGCGUGUCCAGGACUCAAUGAGGCCUGCAUCAACGAGGAAGGCUCAUUUCACUGUGACUGUGCUGAUGGAUUCAUCAGGAGGGACAGCAUAUGUGUGGAGAAUCAGCCUCCUGCUGGUCCGGAGAAAGGCCUGUUUGAUGACAUGACGGACGAUGAGGUCCUGGUGCUGCAGCAGAUGUUCUUUGGUGUUGUAAUCUGUGCCCUGGCUACGCUGGCUGCGAAGGGUGACAUGGUUUUCACUGCCAUUUUUAUUGGUGGUGUUGCUGCUAUGGCUGGAUACUGGCUGACGGAAAAGGGGGAUUACAUGCUGGACGGCUUCCUUAAGGGUCGCUAGGUCGCACAGAAAUCAGGAAAAGGACCCUGGAAUAUCAGAUGGGAGACUGAGACUCCGAUGGAGGUGGAGACUCGCCACGAUGCUAGCCUUCAGGGAUUUCUUUUAGUUUGGGGGUUUACUUGAAAGGGCUUGUGAUAUUUAUGAUUUAAUAGGAUAUUGCAGGAAUACAUGAGAACUUGAAGGUUUUGAAGUCAGGAUUCCCGAAGAGGAAAUAACAAAGCUUACACUGCACUGAUAUAAGGGAACAGAACUCCAUCCCUACCUCAACUUGGUUGGGAGCAAGGGUAACACGAAGCCCACUUCUGAUUGUUGAACCCUAUUAUGCAUUUGGAUGUGUUUUCUGGCUUUAACGUCUGUCAUGAACCGUCUUUUUCCACACAAUCUAAACCUCCAGACAUCACGUGGGUUAUUUUUCAUCACGUAAAGGCUCUGAGGCAGAGGUUGGUGCAUUGUCUGAAUGUCAGGUGACAAGACUUGCGCUUCUUGCUGGGUUGAGUUACUUUCUAAAGCAGCUCUGGGAUAUUUCAGCUGGGAUCCAGUGAUUAUGUUCACAGACUGACCUUUUACCUCCUUACUUCCUGAAUGACUCCUUUUUAGAUGUAAUGCAUGACAAUAGGAUUUAGAAUGAAAGGAAAUACACUGUAUGUUUUACUUUGCCUUCGUUUCGCAUGAAAGAUUGACUUUACGAUCAGUUCGAUCAGCAGCUCUUUAGCCACUUUAUCUUUGAGGGAAUGUUCUUCAGUCCACACCAGCUGUAUCCUGGAUGAUGCAAGUCACUUUUCCGUUGCCUUUAAUUUAUUUGGAAAGCAAUAUUUAUUGUAAGAUGUGUAUCAUAUGUUGCUUUUGCAGUUUACUGUGUAUUUUGUGUGUAUUCUAACAAAUGGUAGCAUCAUUUUAGAAAGUCAGUGAAGAAUCACUUCAAGAAUCAUCCAUUCAACUCAUUCAUCUUUGAUUCUCCUUGUGUGGGAAGUUGUCCAGACUCAUUGUUAUAGAUCAUUCCUUUAAAUAAAAGGUCAGACUUAUCUUAA